AUGGAUUUUGAUGAGCGGAUCUCUGGGUCUAAUAUGUAUUUACCGAGCUGCACUUACUACGUCUCCGGAGCAGACUUCCCGGGUCUCCCUCAUUAUUUAACCCAGAGCCAGUCCUCCUGCCCCAUGUCAUACUCCUACCAGUCUGCAGCUCUGCCACAGGUCCCGUCCGUGAGAGAUGUGGCUUUCAGAGACUAUGGCAUUGAUACUUCAAGUAAAUGGCACCACAGCAGGGGGAGCCUGUCUCACUGCUACUCUGAGGACAUCGUGCACAGAGACGGCUGGACAAGUCCGAGCUCACGGGGGGGAGAGAUCCUGGUGAAAAACAGCUCCAGUGUCAGUCACUCCAGCUCCAAUCCGACGCCAGGCUUUUAUGGCAGCGUUGGCAGGAACGGCGUCCUGCCACAGGCUUUUGACCAGUUUUUCGACACCGCGUACGGGAGCGCGGAAAACAGCACAACGCCGACAGCACAAGCAGACACGGACAGACACGCAGCCAGAACAAGCCCCGCUCCUCCGGCUCCGGGCUCGGACACAGCGGAGAGCUGCAGCCCCAAGUCCUCCUCCGGCCACAGCGAGGAGAAACAGAGCAAAAGCAGCAGUGGCCAAAGAACGCGCAAGAAGAGAUGUCCAUAUUCUAAGUAUCAGAUCAGGGAACUCGAGAGAGAAUUCUUUUUCAGCGUUUACAUCAACAAAGAAAAGCGUCUCCAGCUCUCACGGAUGCUCAAUCUGACAGAUCGCCAGGUCAAAAUCUGGUUUCAGAACAGGAGGAUGAAGGAGAAGAAGCUGAACAGAGACCGUUUACAGUACUACACCACAAACCCCCUGCUAUAA